AUGGCCAUUAUUGACUGGACUUCAUGGGGAUUUGGCCAGUUCAUUGCAGUGACUACUUGGGCAUCGGUAAUAUGCAAAUAUGUCUACUGGUCAAUAUUUGGCACGGAGUCCUACACCGAAACCCGAUUUGGAGCCUCAGCCCAUCUCGUCCAAGAUGAUAAGGGACAAAGCAACGAUGAUCCUACAAAUGAUCCUCGUCAUGAGUUGAAAAGUACGGAGGAAUAUAUUUCUCUCGCAGAACAGUCCAAAACUGACCUCGAGGCGGGCCAAAUAAGCAAAAAAUACUAG